AUGUCUCCUCCCACCACCUCAACGCAAGCCAGCAGGCGCACACAGAAAUCAAAGAUGACACUUUUGAUGGACAACAAGACCUGCGACCAGCAACCAGAAAACCAGACCAUCCUGAAGAGAAAGCGCAACUCCUUGAAGGUCGGUACUGCCAACAAGAAGCCGAAGGAGGACGUCAAGCCCUUUCGCCUGCUCGACCUCCCACCCGAGCUGUGGGUCAAGAUCGGACGACUCGUAAUCGACAGAACCGGCACAUGCACUACGCAAAGCAUCAUGUCUGCGUUCGAUACCCGAAAGAGGCAGUCUCUUGGCCAUCUUAGAUCAAUGCGACCCGCGAUCACGCACACGUGCCGCACACUGCGUGACGAACUCUUGCCGUACUUCUACCGCACCAGAGGGGAUUUCACUGUCGAGUGGUGGACCCUCGGGGCGUGUAUCUUAGGUCAGUGGCUAAGGUCCAUUGAUGCCUCGAGGAGAAGCGCAGUCCGUAAUCUGCACAUCGAACGCGUGGAAUGGACCCUGGCGCAGAAGGAGCGUCAGGGCACAGAUCUUGUUGAAGAGAUGGAGGGCCACGUCGGCGAGAAGUGGGGAGUUGAGUUGAAGAUGGAGCUCGAGGCUGUAGAGGGCUUAAGUGCGAAGUAUAAGGUCAUGCUGCUUUAA